AUGGAGACAGACUCGCAUGUCACCAUCGUCCCGUACUUCACAGUGCCUGAGGGGAAGAUGGAGGAGUUCAAAGCCGGAUUCCCCAAGUUCUACGAGGGCACGAAAGCCGGCACGAGCGAGUGCGUCUACUACGGCUUCUGUGUCCACGAGAACAAAGUUUUUUGCAGAGAGGGCUACAAAAGCGCGGCAGGCGUGCUCGCCCAUCUGAGCGACGUGAAAGAAGCUCUUGACGCGGCGAUGGCAAUAGUUGGCCCAAGCGGCCUGGAUUUGUCGCUCAUGGGACCUCCGGCAGAGCUGGAGAAGCUCAAAGAAGCCAUGGGCCCUCUUGGGGCAAAAUUCUGGGAGCUGGAUGCGGGCAGCAUGUUUCGGGGAGGCCUUGCGGAACAGGACACCCAUGUUACCAUCGUCCCGUACUUCACAGUGCCUGAGGGGAAGAUGGAGGAGUUCAAAGCCGGAUUCCCCAAGUUCUACGAGGGCACGAAAGCCGGCACGAGCGAGUGCGUCUACUACGGCUUCUGUGUCCACGAGAACAAAGUUUUUUGCAGAGAGGGCUACAAAAGCGCGGCAGGCGUGCUCGCCCAUCUGAGCGACGUGAAAGAAGCUCUUGACGCGGCGAUGGCAAUAGUUGGCCCAAGCGGCCUGGAUUUGUCAGUCAUGGGACCUCCGGCAGAGCUGGAGAAGCUCAAAGAAGCCAUGGGCCCUCUUGGGACAAAGUUCUGGGAACUGGACAGCGGAUCGUUUUGGAAGUGA